CAAGUGCAACGAUGCUGUCCAAUAACGUCGCUCUGCUUGGAAUGCUUUGGACAGUUUUCUAGCGUUUUCGCUGUUUAGAAUCAACGAACUUUUAACUGUACUUUGAGGUAGACAAAGCAGGCAAGCUAAAUUAAUUCGUUUUUUUGUGUUUGUUUUACCGUUGAACUGGUAUCGAUCUACAGAGUCCUUAAGUACAUAUUUGCGACUUUUGUUGUAUAACUUAUAUUUGGCUACUUGGAGACCCCGGUUCGAAAUCUUGGCUAGUUUUAAAAUGUAGAUUAGUUUCGCAUUUCUUAGUUUAUCUUUCUUUGGGAGCGAAUGAACGAUUUUCGAUGUGUUUCCCAAAAAAGCUAAAUAUGCGCAUUUCAGCGGACCUUGGACUUUUCUUUAAAGGAUACACGUGUUCAGUGGAUAGAAAACAGUUAGAAGCCACGCAUUUGGUGUGAAGACACCAGUACUAGCUAUAAAAAGUAUGAGAAAGGCAGCUCCAGCAGAUGGAGCCUCAUCUCUUGGCGAGGCUUCUCUCUGUCCUGCACUACAUGACUCUUCUCAUGGCUCUGACCCAGAGGCCACAGGGAGACCACUCUGCAGUUCUUUCCAGGAUAGACGCAUGAUCCAUGGUCCAGCUCCUAGCUGCGUAGCCCAGGCGAGGCCCAUUCUCUCUGAGGCCUGCUGCGAGAAGCGUGGACUCAGCAGACCUAGUACUCAGCCCUGGUUCAGCUCUGCAGUUACAGACGGGCAGGCCAGGCCAUGCCCCUCCAGGAUCGCGCGCAUCUUCUCAUCCCAGCAAAGGUGCGACUCAGUGGGCCCUGAGCGGACUCCACUCUGGGGCCCAGCCAGCAAUCCUCAGGCUUGGCCUGGCCUCACACGCUCCUUCAAAAAGCUGCGCUCCUCUGUACUCCAGGGUAUCCAGAACAGGGCAGGUUCAACAGGAGCCAAUCAGGAGAAAGACUUCUCCUCUGUGACCAGUGAGGAUGGCAACGGUUUCUUUGUAACCAGGCGGGACCUAGGGCAAGGAGGCAGUCAAAGGUGUGGUGAGAAGGUAUCCACAGUGACCAAUGGGGUGUCGAAAGCUGGACCGAAUCCAUGCAUUUCAGAUGAGGAAGAUGAUUACGAGGAGUGUGGGGGUGGUCUGCAGAGGAAUUCUCAUUUCUCACAGAGUAUCCGCAGGGCGUAUGGAGCAGGACGGAUCUCCUUGCUGGACAGUGAACCAAGGCAGCCAGACAGCCCCAAGCCCCCACAGCCUGCUCCGCGCCGUCGUCCAUGCAGCUCUGUGGAGCCCCUUGGGCCUGACGUGGUUCUCGAUAGUGAUGACAGUGUUAAGGCUUUGGGCAGACUGAGCAAAAGCGCUGACAACUUGCCCAUCUUCAAGAGUCCCUUCAGACGCAAGGUGCCCUCUGCUCAGCCACAGAGCCCGAAAAUUUCUGAAGCCACGGUUUUGGCCUGUACUUUGUCUGUGGACGUGCAGGAAUGCAGACCAGGACGACAUCAGAGCCCCGCGGGAGUCCGGGAACGAAUGCUGAAGCUCGUUGGCAGUUUGACGGAUCUGUCAGCCAGUAACAAGGCCAGUCCAGUCCCCACGCCCAGCAGGGCCCCGCUGUCAACUCUCAGCCAGCUCCAUGAUGACUACUCACGCAGGACUCCCUGCAUUCCCGCCAGCGAGCGGCAGCGCAGGCCCCCACCAGCACAUGCCCAGGCGCCUGACAGGCAGACAGUACAGGCUGACAUACAUGGACACACCCUGGCUGUAGACCCCACCCCAUUUGUCCCUGCCUCCUUUAGCUCCUCCUACGAUGAGGUCACACAGACUUCCAGUCCCACAGCACAGCUGUCUAGGAAUUACGAGCAGCUUUCUGCAGCCUCCCCAGCCCCAUGUCUAGAUAUUCCUGUCAGCACUCUCCCACAGAAUUGUGGGACUGUAGAGGAGCAGCAAAAUGUGAAAGAUGAGCCCAUUAAACAUGAGCACUGCACAAGCUCCAGCCUGGAGCAGAGAGUGAACUGCAUUAAAAUUGGUUUGGAGGCAACAUCAGAAAGCCUGGAUGCAGAAGGCCUUCGAGAACUGAACACUCAGAAAGACAGAGACUCUGCCUACACCAGCCCUCCUGUCACACCCACCUGUUCCACAGAGUCUUCCCUGGUAGGCACGGCAACCUCACCAGGCUCUUCCAGUGACACGCCUACCUCCGUUGGGCCUAGGAGGCGGGAGGGUAGAUCCAGACCUCGGCCAGUCUCAGACUAUGGCCAGAUGAUUUCAAGGAAGUACUUUAUUCCUGAGAAGGAAGUGGAACGUCAGGGUAAGGAGGUGGACUACAUUUGCCAGGAGGACUCCAGCAACAGCGACGGGCACUCCGAGAGGGGUGGCCAAGAGAAUGGCGACAUGAAUGGACAUUUGGAUAGCGCAAAGCGGCGACCCAUCUCUGUUAUAGGAGGAGUGGAUCUGUUCCCCUCUCCUGAAGAAAAGGAAGACACUGAUCCCCUGCCUUCUCCCGCUGCCCGGCCACCCGUGCCAUCCCACGGCGUGCCCCCGUACAGGGGCGUGUCUGCACGCCUGCGCCCCUGCACCUUCUCCCAGAGCACCCCCACGGGCCUGGACCGGGUGGGCCGCUGCAAACUGACCCGAGUCCUCAGUGAUGGGAACUCGGAUGGCUGUGCCGGGUUGGAUGACAGCGUGAGUGAGGAGGACGGCAGUUUCGAUGAGAUCACAGAAGGAAAACCGUACCUGCAGCCAGAGGUAGAUCUCUCCACCCUCAGUCAGUACAUCCUGUCAGGCCACGCAGUGUAUGCCGAGGCCCUGUGGGACCAUGUCACGAUGGGCGAGCAGGAACUGGCCUUUAAAGCCGGGGAUGUGAUCCGGGUGCUGGAAGCCCAGGAGAAGGACUGGUGGUGGGGGGCAGUGGGUGAGCGCCAGGCAUGGUUCCCUUCCAGCUUUGUGCGGGUGCGCGUAAACCAGGAGGACUCAGGCAGUGAGAGCGUGGAGAGUGUGGAGGGUGUGGACCAAGAGGAGACACUCUCCAAGGAUCCCCGCAGCCAGAACUCUGAGCAACGCGAGCAAAUGAGGGCAAACGUGGUCCAGGAGAUUAUGAACACAGAGCGUGUCUAUAUCAAACACCUCAGAGACAUCUGUGAGGGGUAUAUCCGUCAGUGCAGGAAACACCCGGGUAUGUUCACAGAUGCACAGCUCGGAACAAUCUUCAGCAACAUAGAAGAGAUCUACAAAUUCCAGAGGAAAUUCCUCAAGGAUCUAGAAAAGAAAUAUGAUAAGGAGAACCCUCAUCUGAGUGAAAUUGGGUUCUGUUUCCUUCAACAGGAUGAAGGUUUCUCCAUAUAUUCAGAGUACUGCAACACGCACCCGGCAGCGUGUGUGGAGCUACAGCGUCUAAUGAAGCAGGGCCGCUAUAAGCACUUCUUUGAGGCUUGUCGCCUCCUGCAGCAGAUGAUCGACAUCUCCAUCGCUGGCUUCCUGCUCACUCCGGUGCAAAAGAUCUGCAAAUAUCCUCUCCAGCUGGGCGAGCUGCUCAAAUAUACACCUAAAGACCACAGUGACUACGAAGGUGUGUGCGCAGCCCAUGAGGCAAUGAAGAAUGUGGCCAGCCUAAUCAACGAGAGGAAGAGGAGGCUUGAGAGCAUUGAUGCCAUCGCACACUGGCAGGUGGCCAUCCUCCAGUGGGAGGGCGAGGACGUGUUGUCACAGAGCUCAGAGCUCAUCCACUCGGGCGAGUUGACACGCGUGGUGCGCGCUGGCAAGACGCAGCAGCGCAGUGCCUUCCUGUUUGACCACCAGUUGGUCUUCUGCAAGAAGGACGUUCUGCGGCGUGAUCUGCUGCACUACCGUGGGCGCCUGCCCAUGGAUGGCGCCGAGACGCUGGAUUUGCCUGACGGGCGGCACCCUGAGAUGGGCACGGUGCGCAACGCCUUGGCCCUGCGCCACGCUGACACCCUGGAGCUGCUCUGCGUGCUGGCCUGCAGGAAGGUGCAGGACAAGCAGCGCUGGCUGCAGGCCUUUGCCCGUGAACGCCUCCGUGUGAAGGAGGACCAGGAGAUGGGGAUGGAGAUAAGUGAAGCACAAAGAAAACAGGCAAUUCAAAAUGCCCGAAAAUCAAAACAAGGCAAGAUGAAAAACAUAAGUUACCCUGGUCACCCUAGCCCUCUACAUCACCAACCCCUCCACCCUCUCCAUCAGCGCCAUGUUACUGUGCCAACCAGUAUCCCGCAGCAACAAGUGUUCUCCUUAGCAGAACCAAAGCGUAAACCCUCCCAUCUGUGGUACACUUUCACACGCAGUGCCCUGUUCAGGAAAUGACAAAGGUUCAUCUUUACAUCUGGUGACAUGAAGAUGCCUCUCAACACAGCCCUGGUGCCAAUGUGAAGCCCCACAGAAGAUGAUGUGUGUAUGCAUGUGUGUAUGCAUGUGUGUAAAUGUUCAUUAAGACAUUGCCGUUUUAAUUAUGGAAGUGAGAUAGACAACAGAGAGAUGAAGACUGUUUAGAUUUUCAUGCCCAAAGUAUUAAUUCCUCAUUCUUUUUGUUGCUGGUCUGUUAAAGGUGUCUGUAGUUAUUUUUCUGCUAUGUUCCCUAUAUCAAAAAAUGUUUAAUAAUGACAAUGAUGUAUAUUCAUCAUGCUGUGUGUCGUUGAUAUAUAUUUUUAUUUGUUUAUCUAAGGCUGGAACCUUUUUAAAGUUAGACAUCUCUAGGCAAGUUAGUCCAUAAACUAAUAACUUUUAAUGUUAUAAAAAUAAAUGCU